ACAAGAAAGACUAGAAAGAACAGAGAGAACACAGGAGCAGCUUGCAUCUAAAAAUCUGACAAACCAAGAGAUCAAGUCAAGCUCUGCUGAGCAUCUUGUUUGUUUACUGCAUCCAAAUGCUUGCAAACAGUUAACUAUAUGCAGAAAAGUCAGCCUAGCUGUGAAGUAUGCUGUGAAUUUUAAUUGAGGAAAAAGGACAACUGCUUACAGGAUGGUCUGACGUGCACGGCUGCCUGGAAGAUUUUUUCAAUCGAACGCUUUGUACUUUGUCUUCUGAACAAGGAUUUUAACUUUAUGGAGCUGUAGCAUUACCGGAGCUCGCAGCAAAGGGAAAGUCAAAAGAAAGUGUGCGUUCUCCAGAGGGGAAAAUUACAUUCCAUGGAAACAGCUGCUCCGACUGUGCAUUACUGAGUGCAUCAGGGAGUGUUGCUGCUGUACAGAAUCUGCUGGACAAGAUGAAGCUUUGGAUUUUUGCUCUAUGCUCAAUUGUAGCUGCAUCUGAUCCUUUCCAGUCACAGCCUUCUUUUUCUUCAGUCAGAGGAUCUUGUCAGAGUCUGUGUUCCUGUGAAGAAAAGGAUGAUACCAUGAUUAUCAACUGUGACAAAAGAGACAUCAAGAUGAUAUCAGAAAUAAAUGUCCCACCAUCACGGCCUUUCCAUCUUAAUCUGUUAAACAAUGGUCUGAGUAUGUUACACAUGAAUGAUUUUGCUGGCCUUGUUAAUGCUAUUUCUCUGCAUCUUGGUUUUAACAAUAUAGCAGAUAUUGAGCCUGGGGCUUUCAAUGGUCUCAGCCUUCUUAAGCAACUUCAUAUCAAUCACAAUUCUUUGGAAACACUUAAAGAAGACACUUUUAAUGGAUUGGAAAAUUUGGAGUUUCUUCAAGCAGACAACAAUUUCAUCACAGUGAUUGAAGCAAGUGCCUUUAGCAAGCUCAACAGGCUUAAAGUGCUUAUUUUGAAUGAUAAUGCUAUUGAGUAUCUUCCUCCAAACAUAUUUCGUUUUGUGCCAUUGACCCAUUUAGAUCUGCGUGGAAACCAGUUACAGACACUGCCCUAUGUUGGCUUUUUGGAACACAUUGGAAGAAUACUAGACCUUCAACUGGAAGACAAUAAAUGGGCCUGUAACUGUGAUUUGUUGCAGCUGAAGAUAUGGCUAGAAAACAUGCCUCCUCAGUCCAUAAUAGGUGAUGUUGUAUGCAACAGUCCUUCAGUUAUCAAAGGCAGCAUAUUAAGCCGGCUGAAAAAAGAAUCACUUUGUCCCACCCAUCCUGUUAAUGAACUUGAAGAUCCUUCAGGAUCACUGCCCUUGGUUGUAACCACCUCUAUUAGUGAUAAUCAUCUAUCUACUAAGGUGAUUCCUCUCCUGAAAGCUCCUACUAAAGAACCAAUUUUAGUGCUUCAUACUUCCAAACCUACUACAUUUCCAGGAAUCUCUUGCCCUGUCCCUUGUCACUGCACCAGCCAUAUGCUCUCAGGAGUUCUUAUGCACUGCCAGGAGCGAAAUAUUGAAAGCUUGUCUGAUUUAGGACCCCCUCCUCCAAAUCCUAAAAAGCUUAUCCUAGCUGGAAACAUCAUUCAGAUGCUAUUGAAAUCAGAUCUAGUGGACUAUUCCAGCCUGGAAAUGCUUCACCUGGGGAACAAUCGCAUUGAGAUCCUUGAGGAAGGUUCCUUUAUGAAUCUGACUAGAUUACAGAAACUAUAUCUCAAUGGCAAUCAUCUUACAAAGCUAAGUCAGAAUCUCUUCCUUGGCCUUCAGCACCUUGAGUACUUGUACCUUGAAUAUAAUGCCAUCAAAGAAGUUUUGCCAGGGACAUUUAAUGUAAUGCCAAAACUGAAAGUUCUCUACCUAAAUAACAAUCUUCUUCAGGCUUUGCCACCCCAUAUCUUUUCAGGUGUUCCCCUCACCAGAUUAAAUCUGAAAACAAAUCAAUUUGCUCAUUUACCUGUGAGCAAUGUCUUGGAUGAGCUGGAUAUGCUGGUACAAAUUGAACUCGAAGACAACCCUUGGGACUGUACUUGUGAUUCAGUUGGACUGCAAAAAUGGAUACAAAAACUGAGUAAGAAUACCAUGAUGGGUGAUAUUUUUUGUAAAUCUCCUGGGCACUUAGCAAAAAAAGAAUUGAAAUCCCUAAACAGUGAAGUCUUGUGUCCAGAUUUAAUAAACAGCCCUGCCCUACCAACUCAUGCCAGUUUUGUGGUUGUGACAACUUCUUCUCCUACUGCCAACACUGCAGACACCAUCCUGCGGUCCCUUACAGAUGCUGUCCCACUUUCUGUUCUAAUAUUAGGACUGCUCAUUGUGUUUAUUACCAUUGUAUUUUGUGCAGCAGGAAUAGUCGUUCUUGUUCUGCACCGGCGCCGAAGAUGCAAAAAGAAACAAGUGGAUGAGCAAGUGAGGGACAGCAGCCCUGUCCACCUUCAGUACAGCAUGUACGGGCACAAGACAACACACCACACCACGGAGCGCCCAGCUGCCACUCUCUAUGAGCAGAGAAUUGUUACCCCCAUGGUGCAGGUGUACCACAGCCCCUCCUUCAGCCCCAAGCACACCGUGCAGCAACAGGAGGAGGGAAGUGAGAAGGAAGCUAAUGAUUCCAAAUAUCUUCGCCGGAGUCUCCUGGAAAGAGAGAACAGUUCACCACUUACAGGUCCAAAUGUCAAAUACAAGGCUACAGAUCAAUCUGCUGAAUUUCUGUCUUUUCAGGAUGCUAGCUGCUUGUACAGAAACAUUCUUGAAAAAGAGAGAGAACUGCAGCAGCUAGGGAUCACAGAGUACCUAAGAAAAAAUAUUGUCCAGCUACAGCCUGACAUGGAAGUUCGUUAUCCUGGAACACACGAAGAGUUGAAGCUAAUGGAGACACUCAUGUACUCCAGGCCCAGAAAGGUUUUUCUAGAACAAACUAAAAACGAGUAUUUUGAACUCAAGGCUAAUUUACACGCUGAGCCUGACUAUCUGGAAGUCCUGGAGCAGCAAACGUGAAAUGAUAAUACAUUGGGCUGGGGCCGAAUUUCUGUGAUUUUACUUUAAGGUGGAAUCAUUGUAAAUAAAAGUGCCUUACAAUAACACGUCAACAGUCAGAACUUAAGCACAGCAGUAAUCCUAGCAAAGAAAAACUCAGGGAUCACUGUGGGAAGCCAUGGGGUUGUGUGCAGGUGAUAUAUCACACCCCAAGUUAAACAAGAGUUUUGUGUGAUUGAACUGGGAGGAAGAUUGCUUAUUGCAGUAUUCCUCAUUUCAAAAAGGUGUGUAUGCCACUGUCCAUUCUGUUCUCUCUUUCCCAACCCAUGGAAAAAAAAAAUGACCAUUUCCUUUACCCCUUCUUUUUUCCCUCCAUUUAAUUAGAUUCUUUUAAAGAAGCAAAAAGUCCAAAAAAAGAAAACCCCAACACUUGUGUUUGUAUUUAGAACCUUAGAGUGUAUAUGUUAGGUUAGUACAUGCACUGCAUACAUGACCACUGUCUACAACUACACCUAACAUACCAUUAUAAUAAAUAUGAAAGGAAUUGAAAACUUGUCAUACUAAAUGUCAGUUAAAAAGGAAAAAAGAGAAAAUAUUUUUGUGUAUUCACCCAAAGCCUGCAAAUAUUUAAGUAUUUUACACAGAACUUCAUGUGCAUUCUAUAUCAGUAUGUGGAAGGAAAAAUAUGUAACUAUGUUUACCCAACAUCUUCAACAAAGAAAACUGCAAGUCUUUUGCUACUUUCCCUGUCUGAUAGCUUUACUUAAGUUUGGACAAUCUUUUCUUGAGCUGCUAUAAAAUAUUGUGCAUCACUGGUGUUUCAACUCAUAAUCUUGGGCAAUUUGAAAAGCUACUGAGA